AUGAGAAAUCCAGAGCUGUAUAUAUUUGCCUUCCUGCUCAGCUGUUUCACAGAAGGAACUGUCUAUGGUCAGGUAGCCUGUCGCAGGUCCAUGUCUCAUGAAUGGCACACUCAGGCAAGGAACAUCAACGUUAGGUGGACCCUUAUGCAGAACUCUUGCAGAAGCUUGACCCAGUGCUGGACCAGACAAAUGGAAGCAGACAGACACUCAUGGACAACUGAAUACCACUUUCCUCAGCUGUGCCCACUGGACCUUCAACUCGGAGAUGUGAUGUUUGUAUCCACUGACAGAACCCUGGAACAAUAUGGUGUCUAUUUAAUUAAAGUGUCCAAAGAAGAGUUUGACAACUGCUUGAUUGUAGAGCCACAAAAGGAGCAGUUGGUGUUUGCCAACAGUAUUAACGGUACUGUGCAGGUGGAACCGAAGUGGCUGAUGUCCAAAAUUAAUUACUUUACAGUCGUGCACAGAGGCAGUAGUCAGUUGUGUAGGCUUGGCCUGCGCAUUGCAGUUCUAGUAAAAGCUCAGCAUUGCAAAAGCUCACCACUUCUUCGUCUGUGUUCUGGAAAUGGUGAAUGCAGAACUACAUUUAAAGAUGAUGCAUAUAGCUGUCAUUGCCACAAGCGCUUUUCAGGGCAUUAUUGCGAGAACUUUGAUGGAUGCUACGACCAGCCGUGCUUAAACGGAGGCACCUGCUUGAGCAAGAGAACUGCCUACACAGAUCUCCCUCCUUACGAGUGUCUUUGUCAUGCUCCAUUCACAGGUGUCAACUGCUCUGAAAUCAUUGGACACCAAAACUGCAUCAAAGGAUGCAAGGAAGGAGCUUGUUUACAAGUUUCAUCAACAUCCUACAGAUGUGAAUGUCUCACAGGAUAUACAGGCACUUACUGUGAGCAUAAGUGGCUCCUCUGCGAUUCAAACCCGUGUUGGAAUGACGGUCACUGUGAGGAGACAGCUAAUGGUUAUGUGUGCACAUGCCCAGGGGGCUUCACAGGCCUCAAGUGUGAGACCACCACUGAGGUUGACAGCUACUGCAAAUCUAACGGAUGUCAACUGGAUGAAGCCUGUGCUAUGGAAAAACCUAAUUCUACAUGCAUUUGUGUUGAUCUGGAGUGCAGUGAGCAGACAGGGGUGUGUGGCAUGUUGCCCUGUCUCAACGGUGGCAUUUGUGUUGCUCAGAAUGGUCAGUAUCGUUGCAGAUGCCAGCAAGGUUUUUCUGGAAAGAACUGUGAAGAAGUAAUUGACUUCUGCAAGCUGUUCAGUAUUAACUGCCUGAAUGAGGGAUUGUGUCUCAACCUAGUUGGAGGAUAUAAUUGUCUCUGUGCACCCGGAUGGAUGGGGGAAUUUUGUCAGUAUGUGGAUAAUGCAUGCUUAGCUUAUCCAAACAGAUGCAUAAACGGAGCUACAUGCAUCAGUAUGAGUCAGCCCAGUGCACCCCCGCACUAUACGUGCACCUGUCUCCCUGGAUACACAGGACGCUACUGUGAGGCUGAAAUAAAUGAGUGCGACUCCAGUCCCUGUCAGCACCAGGGAACAUGUGCUGACUUUGUUGGAUACUACAAAUGCACCUGCCGUUCAGGAUUCACUGGUGUUGACUGUGAGGUUGACAUUGAUGCCUGUGCUCUUCCCAAUGUCACUUGCCCUCCUGGGACAUUCUGUGUAGAUCUGCAAGGUGAACUGCUUCAUAGGUGUCACUCUCCAUGCCCUCGCUAUCUACCGCCAUGUGCCAAUGGAGGACAUUGUGUCCUUAACGACGUCACCAGUUACAGUUGUGUUUGUGCACCUGGAUGGGCCGGGACGACCUGCUUGGUCAACAUAAAUGAAUGUGUCCAGCACAGGUGUCAGAAUGGAGCCACCUGCGCAGAUGGGGUUGGUGGGUACAGAUGCCUUUGUGAUCAUGGAUACACUGGAGUCCACUGCGAGCUCGACAUUGACUUCUGCGGUGGACAUCAGUGUUCAGAGCAUGGCGUCUGUAUAGAUCAACAGCACAACUACACAUGUCACUGCAUGCUGGGAUAUGAGGGAAUGUUGUGUGAGUUUGAGACAGAUGAAUGCAAAAGCUCCCCCUGCGCCAAUGGCGCCACUUGUAUUGACUUGGUGGCGAGUUACCAAUGCCUGUGCACUUCAGGAUUUCACGGCCGAACAUGCUCCGAGAAUAUGAAUGAGUGCUGGUCCAGACCUUGUCUUAAUGGAGGCACCUGCAUUGAUCUGGUCAAUGACUACAUUUGUAUCUGUCCACUUGGAUUCACAGGACAUGACUGCUUCACGCCGGUUAAGUGCUGCACUUCCAACCCAUGUGAUACGAAGGGCACCUCCAUGUGUGAAGAGCAGGGGAGAGGUUUCAAGUGCCUGUGUCACCAUGGCUAUAUGGGUCGGUUUUGUGAAACUUCCAUCAGUUACUGCGUAGCAGGAUUGUGUCUUCAUGGAUCAAAUUGCGUGGAUCGCCCUCAGGGGUUCACAUGUGAAUGUUUGCCUGGGUUAACAGGGCGAUUCUGUGAGGUAAACAUUGAUGACUGUCUGGAUAAGCCCUGUGGUGCGCUCAGUAUCUGUAAAGAUGGUAUCAAUGCCUAUGACUGUUUCUGUGCGCCUGGGUUUAUCGGUGAUAACUGUGAGAUUGAAGUAAAUGAGUGUCUUAGUCAACCCUGUCAGAAUGGAGCCUCUUGCUCUGAUGAGCUUAGCUCCUUCAGCUGCCUUUGCCCUGCCGGAACCACAGGCAAUUUAUGCGAAAUCAACAUAGAUGAAUGCCAGUCAUCUCCAUGCAUGAACAAUGGAACAUGUUUGGACCUUUCAGAUGGCUUUAAAUGCAUCUGUCCUUCUGGAUUCACCGGGAUGAACUGUGAGUUUCUUCCCUGUGAGGCUGUUGAUCCGUGUGAGAACGGGGCAGAGUGUGUGGAGGAGGCUGAUUCGGUCCUCUUCCCUUUGGGAUUCCGAUGCCGGUGUCGUCGGGGAUUCACAGGGCCUCGUUGUGAGAUCAACAUAGACGAGUGCAGCUCCAGCCCCUGUCUGCACGGCUUCUGUUAUGAUGUUGUGGAUGGUUUUUACUGCUUAUGUAACCCUGGUUACGCUGGAAUGAGAUGUGAGCAGGACAUCAAUGACUGUGCCAGCAACAUGUGUGAAAAUAACUCCACUUGCAUGGACCUCCAUCUGAGUUACAACUGCCUCUGUCUGCCAGGCUGGGAGGGGGAGUUCUGUCAACGGGAGACCGACGAAUGUUCAUCAAACCCCUGUAAAAACAACGCCACCUGUACAGACAUGCUCAACGGUUACAGGUGUACGUGCCCUCAUGGCUGGACAGGCCUGGAUUGUGGAGAGGAUGUAAAGGAAUGUGCUUCCUCUCCUUGCCUAAAUGGGGCACAUUGUGUGGAGUCUGACAUCCCAGGGGAGUUCUCCUGCACCUGCCCACCGUUCUUCACUGGUCCCCUUUGCGAACAGCCCUACAACCCCUGUGACCUGCAGAAUAACCCCUGCCUGCACAACUCUGCAUGCCGUGCCCGAUCAGAUGGGACCACUCUCUGUGUUUGUCCAGAUGGCUUUGAGGGAACUCGCUGUGAAAUUGAUAGCGACGAGUGUGUCUCCAGACCUUGUCAGAACCAAGGACGUUGUGUGGAUGGGGUCAACAGUUACAGCUGCUUCUGCAAUCCAGGAUUCUCAGGCCAGCACUGUGAGGAAGACAUUAAUGAAUGUGCCUCCAACCCCUGCCAGAAACAAGGCAUCUGCCAAGACCUUGUGAAUGGUUUCCAUUGUAACUGUGUCCCCGGAUACUUUGGAACAUUUUGCAACCUGGACAUUAACGAGUGUGAAUCUUCCCCCUGCCUCCAUGAUGGCGUGUGCAUCAACAAACCUGGGGGCUUCGUAUGUGUGUGUAGUGCUGGCUUCUCAGGUACAUGGUGUGAACUGAACAUUGAUGAGUGCCAAUCUAAUCCAUGCCAGAACAAUGGGAAGUGCAUUGACGGUUACAAUGGUUACCAGUGUGUUUGCUCCAGAGGUUUCACAGGCAAUCACUGUGAGAGUAACAUUGACGAGUGCUCAUCCAACCCCUGUGUUCAUGGGAGUUGCCUGGAUGAAAUUGAUGCAUACAACUGUCAGUGUGAGGUUGGAUGGACUAGUCACAGAUGUGAGAUCAACAUUAAUGAGUGUGAGACUCAUCCAUGUCUUAACGGAGGGUCUUGUGUGGACCUUCUGGACAAAUACGCCUGCAUAUGUGCAGACGGUUUCACCGGGAAGAACUGUGACAUUGACCAGAAUGUGUGUCUGCAGAUGUCUCGCAAUUUCUCCUUGUGUUUCAAUGGAGGGACAUGCGUGGAUGGACCAGGGGCUAACUUUACAUGCAGUUGCCUGCCAGGUUUUGUUGGAGAUUUCUGUGAGGUGGAAAUGAACGAAUGCUGCUCAGAGCCGUGCUUUAACGGUGCCAUCUGCCAAGACCUCAUCAACGGCUACCAAUGUCACUGUCGACCAGGUUGGACAGGCCUGCACUGUGAAGAUGACAUUAAUGAGUGUUUUCUGCAACCGUGCAACCAGGGAAUGUGCAUACAGAAUGAGCCAGGCCAUGGCUACACCUGCUUCUGUCGGCCUGGAUUUGUGGGGAAGAACUGCGAAUAUAAUUACGAUGACUGCUUGAUUCGAUCGUGCCCUGAUGCGUUUUCCUGUGUCGAUGGAAUCAACAAUGUCAGCUGUGUACCUGUGGAAACCGUUACACCCUCUUCUCCGCCCAUCUCAGUCGUGCCAUGGAUAACCAUCCACCCCACCCCAGAGUCACCUCCCACUGCAGCACCUGUGGAGAACUUGCAGAAUGCUGAGCAGCCAACUGAUAUUAUCUUUGGGAAAUAUUCUGGGAAUUCCUUUCUGGAGUUUGCAGGCAUUGAAAUUGGUGCUGUUUUGAGUGUCACAGUAAGAUUUCAGACUAAUGCCAGGGAUGGAACACUGCUUUAUUCGGAUCAGGGCCCUGUACCCAGAGGUGUCUUUUUCAUCAAACUCUACAUUUACAAAGGGACACUCAAGUAUGACUUUUCUUGUAACCAAAAGGAGGGAGUUCAGCACAUAAAUACAGAACAGCAGGUGUCUAAUGGAAAUGAGUAUGUGACGUUUUUGAGACAACAUCUUGCUCCAUGUGUGGCUGAAGUCACUGUUACUGGUUUUAGGACUGUCAGAAGUAUUCCGAGCAAUUACACAUUACCUUUGAGUUUACAGAGGACCAAGCAUCUCUUCAUAGGAGGUCUUCCUCUACGUUAUGCACCUUAUAUGGAAGCAGAGCCUUUCCACAACUAUACUGGCUGCAUUGAAAUAAUCGAAAUUAAUAAGCUCAGAGGAUUCAGCAUGGCCAAUGCCAUUGCCAGGAACAAUGUUGACAACUGCAGGUCUCCAUGGCAUCACAACCCACCAGUAAACGCCACAGAUUAUCCUUCUCACCUCACCACUCCACCACCUACCCAGCCAUCACUUGUUUGCCAGCCGGUUCCCUGUUUCAAUGGCGGAGUGUGUCGGUCAGUCUCCCUGCCCAGUGGGGCUUUGUCUUUCUUCUGCGACUGCCCUCUACACUUCACUGGGCAUCUCUGUGAGAAAGAUACAUCAGUGUUUUUCCCUCGGUUUGACGGUAGAUCUUUCUUGGAGUUGCCGCCUCUGACGUCCCUGUUGCAGUCAGAUAGUCACUUUGCAAGUAAAUCCUCUGAGGACAACAGGACUGUGUAUUUGACAAUGAAGAGCAAGACACUUCAUGGUACUAUUCUCUACACCCGGGAGCAGAAUUUCGGAGACCGCUUCCUCCAUGUGUUCCUCCAGAAUGGAAGACCAGUGGCCAGAUUGGGUUGCAGUGCCAGUCAAGUUUUGAGUUCGGUGGCUUAUCAAAAUGUGGCAAAUGACAGCUUAGUGCCUGUUACAGUAAGAUAUGCAUUGCCAUCCCACGACAAUGGCCAACUCUGUAUAAUUGAAAUUGCUGUUGCUAAUGGAACUGUUAAUCGGCAGCAGAAAUAUAUGAACGAGCCCGUGUCAGAGGUGGUGUUCGGCUCCACGUUCCUGGGUGGCGUUCCAUCUCUCUCAGAGCUGCACCACAACACUGGGAAUGUCUCUGGUUUCUUUGGCUGUAUCCAUGAACUGCAGAUCGACUCUAAAGAGCUGUAUGUUAUGGGUGUAGCAUCCAGAGGCCAAAAUAUUCAGAACUGUGACUUAGCAGUCUGCCAGCACCAACCCUGCCGCAAUGGAGGAACCUGUGUCAGCGAUGCAGAGAACUGGUUUUGUGUGUGUCCCUUACUCUACUUUGGUAAGCUGUGCCAGUUCACUGCCUGUGAGCGAAACCCGUGUGCACAUGGUGCCACCUGCGUUCCCCAGAUGCAGCUUGAAGCAGCGUGCCUGUGUCCCUAUGGAAGGCAAGGUCUCCUCUGUGAUGAAGUUGUCAACGUCACUCGGCCCAGGUUUAGUGGACUUGAUGAAUUUGGUUACUCAUCCUAUGUGGCUUAUCCCCCUGUUCCCAAUAUGAGCCAUUUUUAUGAAUUCCAUCUGAAGCUUACCUUCACCAAUAAUGCCUCCGCUUUGAGAAACAACCUCAUUCUCUUUUCCGGACAAAAGGGACAAGGUAUCAGGGGGGAUGACUUCUUCGCAUUAGGGGUGCAGAACGGCAGAAUUGUUCAUAAGUAUAAUCUCGGCUCAGGUUUGGCAUCAAUUGUCAGUGAGCGCCUGAAUCCGAGGAUCAACAUUCACACUGUGCACUUUGGAAGAUAUCUGAAAAAUGGAUGGCUGAAGGUUGAUGGGCAGAAGAUAAGGACAGGCACAUCUCCUGGACCGCUGGCAGGCUUCAACACCUUCAGUCAGCUCUAUGUUGGUGGAUAUGAAGAAUACACACCCGAGCUUUUGCCUGCAGGCUCUCGAUUCCAGAACAGCUUUCAAGGCUGCAUUUUUGAUGUACUGUUUCGGACAAGGCGCAAUGGGAAGUUUAAUGUCCCAGGGGGCCCAGAUGGCAGGCCAGCAUCAGGGCGUAAUGUGGGUCAGUGUGGCGUUAAUCCGUGCAGCCUGGUGAUCUGCCAGAAUGGAGGAGCUUGUGUGGACUCUGGAUCCUCUGUGCACUGCCAGUGUGUGUUUGGAUGGAAAGGUGCUCUGUGCUCUCAGAAAGUGUCGUUCUGUGAUGCUGAACACAUCCCACCGCCUUCCUGUGCCCACGGCUCCACCUGUGUACCCUUUCCUGAAGGAUAUACAUGCCAGUGUCCCCUAGGCACUGCUGGACGCUUCUGCCAGCAAGCUCUGUCUAUCAGUGAUCCUUUCUUCAGUGGAAAUAAGUCGUCCUGGAUGUCAUUUCCUCCAGUCAACAUAAGACAUAGAACACACCUGCAACUGCAGUUUCAAUCACUGUCACCAGAGGGCAUCCUGUUCUACACAGCACGUUACCUGAGCAGACGAUCUGGGGAUUUUCUUAGUGUGUCCCUAUCAGCUGGAUAUGUGCAGCUCCGCUAUAAUCUUGGGAACGAAACCAUUGUAGUACAGUCUCCAAAUAAGGUAGAUUUAACUGGCAUGAGAUGGCACACGUUGAAGGCUGGGAGAGAAGGCAACCGCGGCUUCCUCGUUUUAGACAAUGAGGCAAUAACAAGGAACUCUUCAGAGGGCCCAACCACUCUGGAUGUCAGCACAAACAUUUUUAUUGGCGGCUUCCCUUCCCUGAAUGCAAUAUCCCUGACUGCGAUGGAGAAAGACCCAGUGGGAUUCACGGGUGGCAUUCGAGAAGUCAUUGUCAAUGGGCAUGACAUUGACCUUACAGAGACUGGUGCACUUGACGGAACCAAUGUGGGUGACUGGGAUGGGACAGCCUGUGGGUACAAGGUAUGUCUGAAUGGUGGAUACUGUCAUCCAGUGGGCCUUUCCUCAUUCAUGUGUAUCUGCUCCCUGCUGUGGACCGGUUCACAGUGCCAGCAGUCCAUGUACUGCAACAACAACCUAUGUCAACACGGUUCUCUUUGCGUCCAUAGCGUAAUGUCUGCUUCAUAUUCGUGCAUGUGUGCUUUGGGGUGGAAUGGAACUUACUGUGACCAAGAAGUAUCGUUAAGAAUGAUGAAAUUUAGUGGAAAUUCAUAUUUGAAAUACAAGGACCCAAAGUAUAACUCAAGAAAUUUGUUGUACACUGAGGUGUCACUGAAUUUCUCCACAUCAUCAGGGGAUGGUUUGAUUUUAUGGAUGGGGAAAGCAGAGAGUGAAGAUGAUGAUCAUCUAGCUGUUGGUCUCCAUGAUGGUUAUCUCAAGGUUUCAGUCAAUCUUGGAGAGAGAACCGGUCUACCUUUGUUCUACCAAAACACCACUUUCUGCUGUGAUCACUGGAAUUACUUGUCAAUUAUUCACAACCGAACAAUCGUUGAGAUUUAUGUUAAUGAGGAAAGAGUUAUUUUUGAAGACAUUGACCCCUAUGAACAGUAUGUUGCCAUAAAUUAUGAAGGUGUUAUUUAUUUUGGAGGAUUUGAAUUAAAUCGAGAUACAGCAACAGUUACAUCUGGUCUAUUUACUACAGGGUUUGUUGGAAGCAUUAAAGAUGUAUUCUUGUUUCAAGACACUAGACAGCUGCAGUUUCUACAAAGCAGUGAAGGUUACGGUGUCUCUCAAGGAGAAGAAUAGAAAAAAAUAUUGUGCAUAUUUUACUAUUUUCAUCUCAAACUUUAAGUAUCAUGUUCUCUUCUAGAACAAAAUAAGGGCAUCUACACACUAGAGUGAAUCCAUUGAUUUUAAGGAUGUAGACGAUAAAAGUUUGCAAAAGUGACUGCUGGAUAGCACUUGGCAUUCAUUGACAGUUGUGCUUACGAAAAUCAAAUUUACAGUAUUUAUGCUUCUUUCUUUACAUGCCUGGUUCUUUCAAUUUUCCUCAAUAUGGACCUUGCACAUUCCUGUCCAUCAAAUGCUUUCAAAGCUUUCUCGAAUCCAGUGGUUCUCAAGUUUUUAUUUUAAUUUUUAUACUAGCUGUUAAAUUAAUGUCUUAAUAGCUGGUAAUGUCUUUUGGACUUUCAAAAGAGAAAUCACCAUUAAUUUGCAUUUUAAGGACAUACUGAGCGAAGAUGUUUUUCUAUCUUUCUUCAAAUGUGUUCUAGUGAAGAAAUUCAGUCAUACGCACCUGGGAUAUCAUGAGGGUCAGUAAAUAAUGAGCCAAUUUUUAUUUUUGGGUGAACUAUCCCUUUAAAAAGAUUGUGAAUGUGAUAGACUGCCACUGACUGUCAAGCUAAAGAUGCACUUAAAAGAACUAUAACCUCCUGAGACCCGAUUGCGUGUGAGCAUUUUUCCUUUCACUUUUUGAUUUGUAACUAGUAGCAUCUAAUAGAAAUGCCAGACAUUACAGCUGAUUUUUUUGUAAAGCAACUUUUGGAAUAAUGUGUAUUGGGAAAAACACCAAUAAA